CUCAUUUUAGCAAGAGGUGUAUUUAUACUCAUUAUACAUAAUAAUAAUAAAGAUGUCAAAAAUAGAUGCAGUUUUAGAUAAAGUGGCUGACGUUUUAGAAUAUGGGGAUAAAAGUUAUCAUAAGCUUGAAAAAAAAGUAGAGCCUGUUACAAAAGUAAUUACACCCUACAUGGAUAAAUUUGCAGACGAAAUGGAUCCCAUCUUACAAAGACCCAUUGAUUGGAUUCUUUUUUGUUAUUUUAUCUCACAUAUCCCUAUUACUAUUUUCUUUGAUUUACAAAAUCUAUAUCCUGAAUGGCUUCUUCCUACAUUCUUAUCUCAAGUCCAUGGAUCUUAUAUUGCUUUGCUAGCUGAUCCUUUUAUGGACCGUUCAAGAGAAACUAUGUGGUGGUUUAAAAGCUUUUCUUUGUGUGAGGCGUUUUUGCAACUUCCAUUUUUCUUUUUUGCAGCUUAUGGCUUACUUAAAGAUAAAUCUUGGGUUCGUUUACCUUUAGCUGUUUAUGGAGCUCAUGUCAUGACAACUGUUAUACCUUGUCUAGUUGAAGUCAUGUUUAAUCAAGAAUAUUAUGGUUUAACAAAUCUACAACGUAAUUGUAUUUUAUUUCUUUAUUUUCCCUAUUUCCUUAUUCCUUUAGUUGGUUUAGUUGAUUCUUACAUUCGUAUAACAAAAGUUAUUAAAGUAAAUGAUAAUGCGGCAAAGAAAGAAUAAAAUAGACUUUAAACGUCAUAAUUUUUA